AUGGAGGCUCUACUCCGCCAAAGCCGCACAAUGUGCCCAUUCUUGAAGAAGACUUCGCCCGCCACCCUGCGCUUGCUGUCCAACAGCGCCAAUGUUCAGCAGGCCGCCGCUGUGGGUGGUGGUGCCAUGUCGAACCUGCAAAUCAUCGCACGUCGCUGCCCGGUCAUGGGCAAGGCGUUAUCUGUCCAGAGCGGCCGCAACAUCGCUAGCUCUGCCAUGGCCGGCGCCUUUAGUGGAACUCGUGCUUAUCACACGAAGCCGCCACGGGCCAAGCUGCACACCACCGCACCCAAGGAGGCGCAGGCCGUCGAUGUGCACAGUCUAAGGCGUGAGCAUGUCCCCUUUAGCCCACCCGGAGCAAAGUCUACAACUCAGCAGCACCAGCACGGUAUGGCCCCACAGCCACCAAACCCCGUCAAGUUUGAUUAUGAUGCCUUCUACCAAAACGAGCUGGACAAGAAGCACAAGGACAAGAGCUACCGCUACUUCAACAACAUCAAUCGCUUGGCACAAGAAUUCCCACGUGCUCACAUGUCAUCUGCCGAGGAGAAGGUCACGGUAUGGUGUUCGAACGAUUAUCUUGGUAUGGGCAGGAACCAGCAUGUCUUGAACAAGAUGCACGAGACGUUGGAUAAAUACGGAUCAGGUGCUGGUGGGACUAGAAACAUAUCUGGGCACAAUCAGCAUGCUGUUUCGCUUGAGGCGGCUUGUGCGAAAUUGCAUGCCAAGGAAGCAGCAUUGGUUUUCUCGUCUUGCUAUGUGGCGAACGAUGCUACGCUCGCGACACUGGGAAGUAAAUUCCCAGACUGCGUUAUUCUCAGCGACAGUAUGAACCACGCUUCUAUGAUCCAAGGCAUUCGCCACUCUGGGGCGAAGAAAAUCGUGUUCAAACAUAACGAUAUGGAGGAUCUGGAGAACAAGCUCGCGAGCUUGCCACAAGACGCGCCGAAAAUCAUUGCGUUCGAGAGUGUAUACAGCAUGUGCGGCAGUAUUGGUCCGAUUGAGGAGAUUUGCGAUUUGGCGGAGAAGUACGGCGCUAUCACCUUUCUCGAUGAAGUCCAUGCCGUCGGCAUGUAUGGACCCAGUGGCGCUGGCGUAGCUGAGCAUUUGGAUUAUGAUGUUUAUGCCAACGGCGGAAACCCGAGAGGGACUGUUCAGGACCGCAUUGAUAUCAUUACUGGCACUCUCGGUAAAGCUUACGGCUGUGUGGGCGGCUACAUUGCUGGUUCGGCCAGGAUGGUCGAUACCAUUCGUUCCUUGGCCCCAGGCUUUAUUUUCACGACUUCGCUUCCUCCCGCGACAAUGGCUGGUGCUGAGACCGCAAUUAAGUACCAGACUGCCUACCAGGGUGACAGGCGUCUUCAGCAGCUACACACCCGUGCCGUGAAGGAGACACUGAACUCAAUGGAUAUCCCGGUCAUCCCGAAUCCUUCGCACAUCAUUCCUGUCUUGGUUGGGAAUGCCGAGGUGGCGAAGAAGGCUUCAGACUUGCUGUUGGAGAAGCACCAAAUCUAUGUGCAGGCAAUCAAUUACCCAACCGUACCCGUCGGACAAGAGCGACUCCGCAUUACUCCGACUCCUGGCCACAUCAAGGAGUACCGCGACCACCUGUGUCAGGCGCUGGAGAGUGUCUGGAACGAGCUCGUCAUCAAGCGCACUUCUGACUGGGCUAAGGAGGGUGGCUUCAUCGGCGUAGGUGUUCAGAACGCUGAAGUCGUCGAGCCCCUGUGGACGGACGAGCAGCUGGGCUUGAAGGACUUCGAGCAGGAUCUCAAGGCUGGACAGGGUGCUCUUGGUGCGUUGGAGAACGUGCUUGAGCGCGAGCGCGAGGCUGUCCAGGCUGUUGCUGCGGCUGCUUAG